GAGAGUCCCAGGCACAGGCCAGAAAAGAUUUUAAUCUUCUUUCCUUAGAAGUACCUUGAUUGGCAUCAACAGGCCCUGAGAGCACUUGUGAAUGUCACCGUCUAAGAUUCCACUCUUCAAAAUGAAGGACCUGAUGCUGUUCCUGUCCCUCCUGAAAAUAAGCUUUGCAGUGCCGGCAUUUCCUCAGCAACCAGGAGCACCAAACAUGGCACCACCCGGCAUGGCUAGUUUGAGUCUAGAGACAAUGAGACAAUUGGGAAGUCUUCAAGGAUUAAACGCACUUUCUCAGUAUUCUAGGUUUGGUUUUGGAAAAUCACUCAAUUCUUUGUGGCUGCAAGGUCUCCUCCCACCACCUUCGUCUUUCCCGUGGCUGAGACCCAGAGAACACGAGACUCAGCAAUACGAGUACUCGGUGCCGGUGCACCCUCCACCUCUCCCAUCCCAGCCAUCCCAGCAGCCUCCACAGCCAGGAAUGAAACAUUUCCAACAGCCCACUGCUACCCCUGCUAUCCAGGACACACCCCAAAAGGCAGGACCUCAGCCUCCGAUGCACCCCAGACAGCUGCCCUUGAAGGAUGCGGAACUGCCAGAGGCUCACGAGCAAGUGGCCCCAACAGAGAUGCCACUGAACCCUGAGCUCCCUGUACUGGAUUUUGCAGAUCCACAAAUUCCAUCAGUGUUCCAAAUAGCCCGUUUCGUAUCCCGGGUACCAGUACCACAAAAUAAACCAGCUAUGCUUUAUCCUGGAAUGGUUUAUAUGUCCUAUGGAACAAAUCAACUGGGAGGAAGAGUGGCCCCUGUGACCUACGGAGGCCUGCUGCCUGGACUGACGGGUGUGAGGCACACCAUCCGGAGGGUGCCCCAAGACCCGACCAUGGCUGGAGACUUCACUCUGGAAUUUGACACCCCGGCUGCAACCAAAGGCCCUGAGAAGGGAGAAGGAGGGGCACAAGGCUCCCCUCUUCACGAAACCAAAGGAGAGGACCCUGAAAACGCAGCUCUUCUUUCACAGAUAGCACCUGGUGCCCACACAGGGCUCUUUGGUUUCCCUAAUGACAAUGUCCCCAGCAUGGCAAGGGGCCCUUCAGGGCACAGGAACAGACCCCUUGAGGUCACCCCAGUAACUGCUGACCCACUGAUAACCCCUGAGUUAGCUGAGAUUUAUGAGACCUAUGGUGGCGAUGUCACCACACCCCUAGGAGAAGCUACCAUGGAAACCACAAUGACCCCAGACACUCCGCAAACUCCGAUGCCAGGAAACAAAGUCCGCCAGCCCCAGAUGGUGCACGAGCCAUGGCAUUUCCAAGAGCCCUGACCAUUUCAAGCCCCCAACCUGCUUCUGUAUGCAUAGCUGCCUGGCUUCACCCCCAUAGUGUACCUUUUCUAAAACACUGGCCACCCUCCUGCAGCACAGGUGUUGAGAGCACCACACCUGUGUUAAUCCAUACAAGUGGCUAGAAGUAGCUUAGGUCCCCACCCUGCUUUCAUUCUCUUAUUGAAAUAAAAUGUGUCAAUUGUCUCCAUGAUUUAGAAAUACGAUUAAUAACGCCAGAGCAAGUCUGAGAGUCUCCACACUUGAUAAGCUUGUUUCUUAGCUGUCUUAGUCAUUAUAGGAUUCCUCCUGUGAGCAUAACAACACUAUUAUAUCCAGAAAAUAUGGCACUACUUUUCUAAGCAAAAGCACUAGAUUCAGAAUGCUAAGCUAUUUCAUUUAAAUUUCAUGAAGUGGGAAUUGCUGUAGAACCCCUAACUGGUAUUACUGGGUUUCGUAUAUUGGAUUACAAUUCUCAUUUGUAGAAUAUUUUAUUUAAUCUAGUAAAAGAAAAACAAUUAGCCUAUUUUAAAUAAAGAAUUUUUUCACUGGUUA